AGAGUCACAGCAAAACUUUCCAUUAACAUCUGUACAUUUUUGGUGAUAGCGACGUUGUACAGCAUCUCAUUGAUAAUGUCUGGAAUGGCGUCUAACCUAGCCAAAAAGCGGGCAUUGGCUGCAGGGUUUGGCACCAAUGCCAAUGCGGUGAAAUAUCUCAAUCAGGAUUUUGAAGCGCUUAGGGCGCAAUGUUUAAGUCGAGGAGGGCUAUUCUCGGAUCCAACUUUCCCAGCCGCACCCGAAUCUCUGGGCUUUAAUGAACUCGGACCAGGCUCCUACAAAACUAGAGCAGUGCAAUGGAAAAGGCCAGGAGAGUUGUGCUCAAGUCCAGAGUUCAUUGUUGGAGGAGCCACCAGAACAGAUAUCUGUCAAGGAGCUCUAGGUGACUGUUGGCUUUUGGCUGCCAUUGCCUCUUUGACACUCAAUGAAGAUGUCAUGGCUAGAGUGGUCCCCGUUGGACAGAGCUUUGGGGAAAGUUACGCUGGCAUUUUUCACUUUCAGUUUUGGCAGUUUGGGGAGUGGGUGGACGUUGUCAUUGAUGACAGGCUGCCAACAAAAGAUGGAGAGCUGCUGUUUGUUCACUCAGCUGAGGGCUCAGAGUUCUGGAGUGCACUGCUGGAGAAGGCCUACGCCAAGGUGAAUGGCUGCUACGAGGCCCUGUCUGGGGGCUCCACCACUGAGGGCUUUGAGGACUUCACUGGGGGCAUUGCAGAGAACUACGACCUGAGGAAACCCCCUCCGAACAUGUUCCAGAUUAUUAAGAAGGCAAUCGAGUCAGGGGCUCUGCUUGGCUGCUCCAUUGACAUAACCAGUGCCGCUGAUUCUGAGGCAGUCACACGACAGAAGCUGGUGAAAGGGCAUGCCUACUCUCUAACAGGGGCUGUUGAGGUGACCUAUCGUGGCCGUAAGGAGAAGCUGAUCAGGAUACGUAACCCUUGGGGUCAAGUGGAGUGGACAGGGGCUUGGAGUGACAGCUCCUCAGAGUGGAACUCCGUUGAUGAUUCGGAGCGCCAGAAUGUCAAAGCUGAUGAUGGAGAAUUCUGGAUGUCAUUUACAGAGUUCCUGCGGCAUUACUCUCGCAUAGAGAUUUGCACUCUGACCCCAGAUACGCUAACGGAUGACUCUGUGAAGCACUGGAGUGUGUGUAACUAUGAUGGUAGCUGGAGGAAGGGUUCCACUGCUGGGGGGUGCAGGAACCACGCCUACACCUUCUGGAUGAACCCCCAAUUUGUGAUCAGGCUGGAUGAGGAGGACGAUGACCCUGAUGAUAACGAGGUGGGCUGCAGCUUCGUGGUGGGCCUGAUCCAGAAGAACCGGCGCCGGUUGAGGAAAGUAGGCGAAGACAUGCACACCAUUGGCUUCGCCAUCUAUGAGGUUCCAUCACAGUUUCAUGGUCAGAGGGAGGUUCACCUGGACAAGAAUUAUUUCCUGACACAUGCUCAAAAAGCCCGGUCUGAGACCUUCGUCAACCUUCGAGAGGUUAGCACCCGCUUCAAAAUGCCCCCCGGGGAGUACCUCAUUGUGCCCUCCACCUUUGAGCCACACCUAAAUGGCGACUUCUGCAUCCGUGUUUUCUCAGAGAAGCAGACUGAGACUCGACCAUGUGACGAUCCUGUCAAGGCAGACUUAGAUGAUGAGACCGUAUCUGAUGCUGAAGUCGACGCAGGAUUUAGAGGCUUGUUUACAAAGCUUGCAGGAGAUGACAUGGAGAUCUCUGCAGCAGAGCUGAAAACCAUCAUGAAUAAGAUUGUCUCCAAACGAACUGACAUCAAAACAGAUGGCUUCAGUCUUGAAACCUGUAGAAUCAUGGUCAACCUCAUGGAUGACAGUGGGAAUGGAAAAUUGGGCCUUGGGGAAUUCGCUACUCUGUGGAAGAAAGUGCAGAAAUACCUGGGUAUCUAUAAGAAGAACGACAUGGACAAUUCAGGCACCAUGAGUACUCCAGAGAUGCGUAUGGCCCUGAAAGAAGCAGGCUUCACUUUGAACAAUGGCAUUUAUCAGAUCCUCGUGGCUCGCUACGCUGAGCCAGACAUGACCAUCGACUUUGAUAACUUUGUGGCCUGCCUUAUGCGUCUGGAUAUGAUGUUCAGAGUCUUUAAGAAGAUUGAUGCUCAUGACAGUGGCUCCAUCGAGCUCGACUUCCAUCAGUGGCUAACAUUUACGAUGAUCUAGAAGACCCCUGUUCAUUCCGAAGAAAAAUGUGCAAGUUAAAAAAACAAGUAUUCAAUUCAUUAUUUAAUGGAAUUUUUUAGAUUUUUAUCUUCACAUUUUUGUAUGUAUUUUAUUCACUGCUGCAUGGUAUUGUGUAUUCGGUAAGACAUUACUAACUGUGGUAUGGUAUUACUGUGGUAGAUUUCAUGUGAAUGUCAUUCUGUAAGAGGAACAAGGAUAUAUUUGUUCAGAAACCACUGUAAAAUGUUUACUUUUUGUAUUAGAAAAUAUGCCUUGUAGAGAUUGUGAAAUUGCUUUUUAUUUUGGCCUGUUUUAUGGAAUGUCCACAUGGAAUUCCAUGCAAUGCUCAAAUAAAGAUUUAUUAUAUUCUAA